UUUUUUUGCCACACAGCAUGAGAGAUCUUAGUUCCCCAACCAGGGAUCAAACCUGUGCCCCAUGCAUUGGAAGUACGGGGAAUUUUAACCACUGGACCACCAGGAAGUCCCUGGGACCAGUUCUUAAAGAAGACAGAGGGGGAGGCUCCCUUCUUGGAGCUGUUGAAUAGGGAGUGUUAGGUAGAUAACCUAAACCAGUCCGAGCUGCUGCUGUCACUAGGCCAAUGGCCUGAAUUAGACUUGAAAGAGUGGUGCAGUCAGGAAUAAACAUGACAUCACCAGGCUGAGUGUGGGAGAACUUCCCAGAGGGUAGCUGGACUCUGAGGGAUGAUGAAAAUCUAUGAGAAACUGUGGGGGUUAGUGGUAAUACUGCUUAGAUUAACAGGAGGAAGGAAAGUAUGAUGGCCUGGCAGCCCAGCAACUAGGAGAGGGUAUCCAUUUUAACCAUCCAGCAACUAUGACCCACUCCACUGGGGAAGAGAGCUGGAAGGGCAUGACCUGAACCAAUGGGGACUGGAACUCAGAUAGUCCUCACCCCAUGGGAAUGAAGCAACCUUUCUGGCUUCACCCAAGUUGCUUCUGGGCUUUGGCAUCAGUUGGACUGAGUUCAAAUCCCACAGUGCCAGUUACAGACUGUGAGAAGAUGGGAAAGUGGCCUAACUUCCUGAGUCUCUGGUUCCUUAAUCUAUUCCAUGAGAAUGAUAUCACCAUGUUCUUCAUGUGGCUAAUAAGAAUUAGAAGUUCUUUGAAAAAAGUUAUAAGCUCUUAUGUAACAUUCUAGAGGGGAGGAUAGUCAGAUAGCAGAAAAGCAGACCCAGCAUAGAUUGGUGAUUAUGCCAUCACUGACAGCACAAGUCUUGAGAAUUUUGCCCUUAACAUAACUAGCUAUGUGAGUCUGGACAAGAUACUUACAUAAGCCCCAGUCAUAGAAUACAUUCAUUGUAUACCAAAUCUGAGACAAGCAGCUUCUUGCUAUGUAAGGUGGGGAAACUAUUAAUACCUCAUUUCUAGGGUUGAUGUAAACUUGAAGUUAGAUGCUCAUAAGCAACUCGAACAAGGAUGAGACGGUUGGAUGGCAUUGCCGACUCAAUGGACAUGAGUCUGAGCAAACUCCCAGCGAUGGUGAAAGACAGGGAAGCCUGGCGUGCUGCAUUCCAUGGGGUCUCAAAGAGUUGGACACGACUGAACCAUGAAGCAACUUGAUUCAGUGCCUGGUGAGGAGCUUAACUCAAAUGUUAGGAUAACUCAAUCCAUCUAACUGGGAAAACGGGAUGUGGUUAACAGAGAGCUAACCUAAUUGCAAAGGGCACUGGGAUACCCUCAUGGAUGUUGUGUCUAAGUUGGGGCCAGCAUGAUUCCAGCAGGUUCACCCAGUGUAAACACAGGCUGGCUGGCUUCUGGCAAGGUAAAGGUGUUUCCCUUUGCCUGGAAACCAGGAGGUGUGGCCGAGUCAGGGCAUGAAGAACAGCAGAUCAACUGAAAAGCGGUGGAGAGGAGCCCUGUUCCUGGAUCUCUCUGCUUCCUCCAAAUGCUGGGGGCCAGCUCCCCGAGGCUAAAGGAGACAAGUCUGGACCAGGACAAGGCCCCAGGAACCACGCCGGCCGCCUGAACUUCAGAUCAUGUACGCAUACUACUGCCUAGCGCCUGGGGAGGACAUCUGGCCUCUACUGCAGCACCUCACCUACACCUACCAGCCCGCCCCUCUGCUGCUGCCCCCUAUCCAGGCCCAUAACUUCUGCAGCCGGCCCCGCGACCUGUGCGCCGGCGAGUGGGCUGGUCCGCAGGAAUACCACUGCUUCCACUCCACCGGAGCGCCCCUGGAGGUCGCGCCGCCCUUUUGGGCCUUCCCGCCGGCCUACGCCGCGGCCCUGCGCCCGCCGUUCCCCGCGCCCGGCUACCUGGGGCCAUCGCUGCAGGCGCUCGCAGCCACAGGACAGGCGGCAGUCGAGAGCGGGGCGCAGUGGCCGGAAGGCGGCACCGUGCAGGCCGAGCUGCGGUGGGGCCGCGUGGAGUGCGCGCUUGGCCCGCGCCUCGAGCUGCCGGACUCGGUGCGCCGGGAGCUGCGCCGCGUGUACGGCACAUACCCGCGCACCAACGUGCGUGUCACCUACCGCGGCGGCGAGUUCCUGCUGCAAGGCGCGCCGUGCCUGCGAGAGCCCGAGCACCGCGUCAAGAGGGGAGUCCUGCGGCCGCCGGCCAGCAGCGACAGCGGGGACGACAGUUCCGCGGGGGAAGCGGUGGAGCGCGGCCGCCUGAAGAAGAGGAAGGCUUGAGCUGGGGGCGCGCGAGGCCCGGCGGCAGGCGACUGUGAGCACGCGUGCCGUUCUCCUGCCGCCGCAGCUAUGCGUUGGGGCUGGGUGCACCUGUCACCUGUACUUUUGCCUUUUUUUUUUUUUUUUUUUUAACCACCACCGGCUUGCUGCUCUUCCUUGAUUUCAGGUUUUUGCAGGAUGGCGGGGCGAGGGCGAAAAGGGAUCAUAGAGAUCUCUGAGUGGGUGUCCUGUUACUCCUUCCUUCUCCUUGGACUUGGAAAGCCUGAGCGUGUGGUGGAGGAAGGGCCUGGACCCUUUGUUUCCUCCCUGCCCAACCCUGCCCUGCAAUGAGCCCCCACGUGCCCUUUUUCGUCUCUUCUCUCCAGGAAAUCUCCCCUAACUCCCCAAGCUGAGGGCCCACUUAUUCUCAGCUUGUAAAGAAAAGUGACUGAAGUCAGGUGUAGGCUUAAAGAUUGUUUUUAUGUUUGGGGGUGGAGGUGGGGUUUCUUCAUCUAUGUAAUGUGAGACUUACUUCCCUUUUUGGGGUACAAGGUGUCAGGGAUUAGAGUGGGAAACGUGUGCUUCCUCACUCGCCCGGCCCCACUUUCUCUUAACCAGCUGCCUUCCAGUGCAAGAUGACUCUCUCCUAGGUCCUGAGCCCACCAUCCAUAGAGAGAUUCUGAGGGCAUCAGCUAUUUUAUUGAGGUGUGGAUGGCAAGCAUGGCUGAGGAAGGGAUCCCUAAGACACAGAUUUAGGGCUGGCUCUGACAUGAGUUUGGGUAAACUCCAGGAGUUGGUGAUGGACAGGUAGGCCUGUUGUGCUGCAGUCCAUGGGGUUGCAAAGAGUCAGACUGACUGAACUGAACUGACUGACAUUUUUUAGACUCUCCGA